AUGUCGGCAGAGGCAGCUGACGUGCAGGAGGCCGAGUCGGUGAAAGGCAUCGUGGACGAACAGGUUGACCUGCGGAGCCGCGUGGAGCAGCUCGAGCAGGAGAAGGCUGAGCUCCGGGAGCGCCUCGACUUCGUGGAGGAAUUGCUCGGUCCCACGGAGAGCCAGCGGAGAUCUUUGCAGGAGAAGGCACUUGCAGCAAGGUCUGCUGCUCUACAGGCCAAGUGGCGCGGAGCAUGCAUCCCCACGAAGGUGGCCGGACGCCUGGACGAGCGACUUGUGGCCGCACAGGGCCUGGCUGCUAGAGAUGCAGGGCUUCUCCAGGGCGGCUGCCUUCCCGAUGCAGAGGGCAUCCUCCAGGAUGUGAGCUUGCUAGGAGACCCCGGCUUCCGACCGUUCAGCCCGAAAACGGGCCGGGUGAAGUGGGCCGCCCGGGGUGGCCUGCUGCGGCUGUCUUUAGAGGAGGUGCAGGGCCGUUUCGGUGAGGAAGUCGCUCAAGACGUUCUCCGCUGUGCCCGCGAAUUGGAUGAGUAUGACGCCUCGCGCCGUGUUGGGCUGGAGCUCCCUUGGCAUCCCGUAGAGGACCGUGAGUUGGAGCCAGCCGAGGCCCAACUGAAAGGCCCAACCAUGGCGGCAGAACCUGACAUGGAUUUAGAAAAAAAGAUCACAGCACCUGAUGUUCUCAAGGCUAUGUAG